GGGUCUGUGGGGAGUCCGAGCCGGGGAGGGCCGGAGAGUCAAAGGCAAGUGAAGGUGGAAGCAGCCGCGGCGGCAGCAGACCCCAGAGCCUGGAGAACCCUGACCCCUAACCCCACGGCAUCCAGCCAAUAGGAGUUCAGCCACCAUGGCGGAGCUGCAGGAGGUGCAGAUCACAGAGGAGAAGCCCCUGUUGCCUGGACAGAUGCCUGAGGCGGCCAAGACUCACUCAGUGGAGACUCCUUACGGCUCUGUCACUUUUACUGUCUACGGCACCCCCAAACCCAAGCGCCCAGCGAUACUCACUUACCACGAUGUGGGACUCAACUAUAAGACCUGCUUCCAGUCGCUGUUUCAAUUUGGGGAUAUGCAGGAAAUCAUUCAGAACUUCGUGCGGGUUCAUGUGGAUGCCCCUGGAAUGGAAGAAGGGGCUCCUGUGUUCCCUUCGGGAUAUCAGUACCCGUCCCUGGAUCAGCUUGCGGACAUGAUCCCUUGCAUCCUGCAGUACUUAAAUUUCUCUACCAUAAUUGGAGUUGGUGUUGGAGCUGGAGCCUACGUUCUGUCGCGAUAUGCUCUUACCCACCCAGACACAGUUGAGGGCCUUGUCCUCAUCAACAUUGAUCCCAAUGCUAAGGGUUGGAUGGACUGGGCAGCCCACAAGCUAACUGGCCUCACCUCUUCCGCUCCGGAGAUGAUCCUUGGACAUCUCUUCAGCCAGGAAGAGCUGUCUGGAAAUUCUGAGUUGGUACAAAAGUAUAGGAAUAUUGUUGUGCAUGCACCCAACCUGGAGAAUAUUGAACUGUACUGGAACAGCUACAACAACCGCCGAGACCUGAACUUGGAGCGCAGAGGUGAUAUCACCCUCAGGUGCCCUGUGCUGCUGGUGGUAGGAGACCAAGCACCUCAUGAAGAUGCAGUGGUGGAAUGUAACUCAAAACUGGACCCCACCCAGACCUCUUUCCUCAAGAUGGCUGACUCCGGAGGUCAGCCCCAGUUGACUCAGCCAGGCAAGCUGACCGAAGCCUUCAAGUACUUCCUGCAAGGCAUGGGCUAUAUGGCUUCUUCCUGUAUGACUCGCCUGUCCCGGUCUCGCACCACCUCCCUGACCAGUGCAGCAUCCAUUGAUGGCAACCGCUCCCGUUCUCGAACCCUGUCCCAGAGCAGCGAGUCUGGGACUCUCCCUUCAGGGCCUCCGGGUCACACCAUGGAGGUCUCCUGUUGAAUGGCCCUUGCUGCCCUGGUGUGGGACCCAGCCCUCACCUCCCUCAGCACUAACCUGGGAGGCACAUAAGGGCACUGGGCCAGAGUGAGCAAGGGAAGAUGGGCAGAUCACAUGGGGAGACAACCUUGAUCUUUGAGUGCUACCCUAACCUUGACCUCUAACCUGUGAUUCCUCCCAGCUCCUGGGAGAGAUGCCCUAAUAUCUGUUACAGACCCAGACCCCUAAAUUACUCUCCUCCUCCAAUUUGGUAUAAGGUGGAAAGGGCAUGCGUCCCCUCUCCCUGUUCUAGGUGUCCUUAGAUGAGGGAUAAGAGGCUGUUGUAGUUGUCCAUGGUGCCUCCAUCAGACUCUUCCUACUUAUCUCAUAUUUGCAAGGGGGAGGGGACUUGGGUCUGGGGCUCCAUUCACCAAAGCUGAUAUGGCUUCUCAUUAUGGGCCUGAAUGAAUGUGUGUCAGGGGGAGGCUUGCUAGUGGCCCUCAGGAUGUGACAGGAACAUCCAGUGUAUGAAAAGGAAGAUGGAAUAGGAGGUAGUGGGUAAAGAACGAGUAUGGGGGAAGGACUGGAGCUAGGGCAAUAAAAAGGGGCCUGGGGCCAUUUGGCUGCACUAACUUUGGUAGCUGUCAGUGUGUGUCUAGCGUGGGAUGGGGGAAGGAGCCAAGCUUGAGCCAGGCUGCUUGGGGCUUGGCAUAGGGGUAGGAAGGGCUGCCCUGGGGCUCUGACCACACCGUGAUACGUGUGGAGGGUGCCCUCCUGUCUCCCACAACUCCUGCUGUAAUAAUAAACUGUAGAGGAAUCAGCACUGUUA